UUUAAAAUGGCAAGCAGCGCUAUCCCUAUGACAUGUUUCCCUCUGCGCUCCACGCGUGGUAUAGCCUCCAGACUGCGUGGGCUAGUGUGGGUGCAGUAGACGAGUUUCGUUUAAAACCCCUGAUUCCGGAGUCUCAUAUUACGCGCGUUCGCCUCCCUCUGUAGUUGUUUGUUACUACGGCUCCUUCCACCUACUCUGUGUUUUUCUUCAGUAGUAUUUCUUAGGAAAGCUACCGUCACUAAAGAAAUCUGUUCUAUGGUUUUGGCUGAAGAAGAUCCCACGAUGUCUCGGACUGACGAGGUGCACCGUAUAACGGAGAAUGUCUAUAAGUCCAUCAUGGAGCAGUUCAACCCAUGCUUGCGGAACUUUGUGGCCAUGGGGAAGAGCUACGAGAAGGCCCUAUCCAGUGUCACAUUUGCUGCAAAGGGCUACUUCGAGGCACUGGUGAGGAUGGGAGAGAUGGCCAGCGAAAGUCAAGGCUCUAAGGAUCUUGAAGAGGCAGCAUGGGACGUUCUCUUUCAGAUGGCUGAGGUCCACAGACAGAUCCAGAUGCAGCUUGAAGAUAUGCUGAAGUCUUUCCACAAUGAGCUUCUGACAGAGCUGGAGAAGAAGGUGGAGCUGGAUGCACGCUACCUAAAUGCUGCUCUAAAGAAGUACCAGACGGAGCACAAGAGUAAAGGAGAGAGUCUGGAGAAGUGUCAGGAUGAACUGAAGAAGCUACGCAGGAAGAGCCAGGGCAGCAAGAACACCUCUAAGUACGGAGACAAGGAGAUGCAGUAUGUUGAGACCAUCAGCAGCAAGCAGAGUGACCUGGACCAGUACACAGCAGAGGGCUACAAGAAUGCACUGUCAGAGGAGAGGAGGAGGUACUGUUUCCUGGUGGAUAGACAGUGUGCCGUGGCCAAGAACAGCAGCUCCUACCACAGCAAAGGUAAGGACCUUCUAGCCCAAAAGAUCCCAGCAUGGCAGCAGGCGUGUGCUGACCCUACCAAGCUGCCUGACCGUGCCAUGCUCCUGGCUCAGCAGAUGACCUCUACAGGGGGUACCCUGGCGUCCGGCUCCCACACUCUCCACGGCUCCAAGGGCAACCUGCUCAUCUCUGACCCAAUCCCCGGGGCCAAGCCUCUGCCUGUACCCCCCGAGCUGGCUGCACUAAUGGCCCAACAGCGUCUAAUGGGACCAGGAGGAGUGGACGGAGGGAUGCCCAUAAUGAACGGAACGGCAGGGGCGCAUGGAGGAGCAGGAGGGGGAGGAGGGGAUGACUACCAACACUGGAUGGAGGGGAAGAUGGCCCAAGCCCAGGCUCAGGCCCUACAGGCUCAGGCCCUACAGUCCCAGGUGGCUAAGGCCUCCUCCCAGCACCACUCCCAGCCCCACAGACAGGGCAGCGAGGUCUACUCCAACACCCUACCCGUACGCAAGAACGCCCCCACCAAGAGCAACACCACCAUGGGUCCAGAGACCCGAACCCUUCCCCGGUCUAGCUCUAUGGCAGCAGGGCUGGAGAGGAACGGUCGUACCCGUGUCCAGGCCAUUUUCUCCCACGCGGCUGGGGACAACAGCACCCUGCUCAGCUUCUCUGAAGGAGACGUCAUCACCCUGCUGGUGCCUGAGGCCCGCGAUGGAUGGCACUAUGGAGAGAACGAGAAGAACAAGAUGCGGGGCUGGUUCCCUUUCUCUUACACACGUGUCAUCCCCGAGACUGAAAGCGACAAACUACAAGUCAACAAUCUCCACCAUGGGAAGAGCAGCAGCACAGGCAACCUGUUGGAGAGAGAGGACAUGGCAAGUGCCCCUCCCCCUGACUACGGUAUGUCAUCUCGCCUGCUGGCACAGAGUGCUGCGAUGGCACACAGCAGACAACAGCGCCCAUACAGCAUGACAGGGCCAGGCUUCUCACAGCAAGGACUUGAAGAGUAUGAGCAACGUUUUUCAACAAGUUUGGGACUUUUGAGUGAACAGUUUGCCCGCUUUUGAGUCAAACGGACCCCUCUGUCCCUCUGCCUCAGGAGGAACCAGCCCAGGCCACUGAGGACCAACCCAGGCCUCUCAUCUCUGUCGAUGACCAGUCUCCUCCUCCAAUCCUCUAUUAGCUCCAUGCUCUACUUCCUAUUAUCCUUGCCUCUGAUUGGUUGCUGUGAAGCACAGAUACAUUUAGCCAGCCAAUUGGAAGAAGAACCCUGAUUUUGUUUGACAAAUCCAAGCACACACAGGACUAAUCUUUCACAAGUAGUGUAGACCAUGUGCUGCACAAGUUUUAGCAGACUGAACUAUCCAUAGCAUUCAAGCACACCUAGCCUUGUACUGCCUCUUCAAUACAAUUAAAGCAUUUGAAAACAGUAAUAAACUGUAUGCAGUAAAUUAUAACUGAAUCUGUUACUUGGUAAUAAUGUAUGCAUAUGCUUAAGAAAAGGUCAUUGUUUGAUCUAUCUUAUUGUGGGUGUCUAGUCGUAUUUUACUUCUUGCUAUUAGCGAUUUGUAAGAUUUGGAGGAAUUUCUUAGAAUUUGUUUGUGUGAGCAAUACAUUUGUCACAAAGUAAACUAUGUUAUACAGUAUAUGUUAAAGGGCUGUAUCAGGGAGAAUAUAAAGAGCACAGGACAUGGCGGCUUGUAGAAACACAUUUCUACAUGAGUCUGAGCCGCACACUAGAUUAGGAGAGAUGGAGAAAGAAAAGGUCAAUGUUAUACACAAUACUGUAAGUUAUAGCAUUCAAAUGCUUUUCACUGUUAUUCUCAUAUUUUAAAUGACAGAAAAAAAAAAAUAUUAAGCAUUCAUGCAUAUAUCAACUGUAUAGUAUGACAUUAAUACAUAACAAUACAAAGGAGGUGUUGUAUUUCCUACUAUUUUAUAAAUGUAUUUGCUUCUCAUCCCGUUUCAUUUGUCUGUAAAUUUAUAGAAAAAACACUGAAUUUACUAGAGAAAAUAAAGUGAUAUUGCAGAGUAUA